AUUGGCGUGCGUCCCUCGCGGCGAGUUCCAGCACCAGACAGGUCUAUUUUUAACGCCCUCCUCCCCGUUCCCUCCAUCCCCCCUCCUCUCCAUCUCCAUCUCCCUCGCCUCACCUCUCCUCAUCCAGCCUCCGCCCGGAGGUCCAGAUAGGGCAUACCAGACAUGGCAGAAGUCCUGUCAGGACCUCUCGAGCACCAUCUAAGCUCUGCCUUAGAUACACAUUAUGAAGAGAAGAGGAAAUCCAAUGUGGAAUACUCAGAAGAUGAAAAGAAAGCAAGGAUUGCGUCGCUCAAGAAAAAAGCGAUGAACGCCUCACAGAAACUGAGGCAUUCCAUGAAGAAGGGGAGGAGGAGCAGCAAGGUGAUGUCCAUUUCCAUUGAGGAUGAGCGUGACCCUGAGGAGGUGCAGGCUGUAGAUGCCUUCCGCCAGCUUCUUGUCCUCGAAGAGCUUCUACCAUCGCAGCACGAUGAAUACCACAUGAUGCUUAGGUUUUUGAAAGCAAGAAAAUUUGAUGUUGAGAAGGCAAAGCAAAUGUGGACUGAUAUGCUGCAGUGGAGAAAGGAGUUCGGCACAGAUUCCAUUCUAGAGGGUUUCGAAUUCGAAGAAGCUGAUAAGGUUGCAGAAUGCUACCCUCAAGGUUACCAUGGGGUGGAUAAGGAAGGCAGGCCUGUCUACAUUGAACGGCUUGGGCAGAUCGAUGUCAAUAAGCUAAUGCAGGUUACCACAAUGGAACGUUUUGUCAAGAACCAUGUCAAGGAGUUUGAGAAGAACUUUGCCGAGAAGUUUCCAGCUUGCUCAGUAUCUGCCAAGCGCCAUAUUGACCAGAGCACUACCAUACUGGAUGUCCAAGGAGUGGGGAUGAAACAAUUUAGCAAAGCGGCAAGGGACCUCAUCGGUCAGCUUCAGAAGAUUGAUGGUGACAACUACCCGGAGACACUGUCCCGGAUGUUCAUCAUUAAUGCAGGCCAAGGGUUCCGACUACUCUGGGGCACAGUGAAGAGUUUCCUUGACCCAAAGACCACUGCAAAGAUUCAUGUAUUGGGUAACAAGUACCAGAGUAAGCUUCUCGAGGUGAUCGAUGCCAGUGAGCUGCCAGAGUUUUUUGGUGGAUCUUGCCAGUGCGAAGGUGGUUGCAUGAAGGCUGACAAGGGCCCAUGGAAGAAUCCUGAAGUCAUGAAGAUGGUUCAAAGUGGUGCCGGAAAGUGUGGAAAGCUCAAUCUGGAAUCGCUUGAUACUGAAGAGAAAAUGAUUUGUGCAGAUGACACCAUUCACCCGAAGAAGCAAGAUCCUUUUAACGGAGAAGAAGAAUGGCGGACCAUAUUACACAAAGCCUCACGUGCCCGAAUUGAGCAUCCUCAGUUGUCACCUGUUCAUGAGGAGCAUGUUCCUACAUUGUUUCCUACCCCUGGGUCACCAUAUUCUUGUGAUGUUCAAAUGGUUGAGAAGGCCAUAGAUGCCAUAUGCCAGAGCAAGGAAUUACAAGAUGAGAAGCUUGCCCUCACUAAAGCUGCUGCAAACGCCUCUAAUGGAUCCAAUCCACCACUAUUUGGUGGUGUCAUGACCCUUGUGAUGAGCAUUGCGACGAUGCUCCGUGUGAGCCGUAACAUGCCCAGGAAGGUAAUUGGCGCUGCCAUAGGCACUGCUAGAUCCACUAGUAUUGGAGCCCGAAGCACAUCGAAAAUUUACGCGCGCCAGCAAUCCAAGAUAUCGGCGGAGGAUGUUUCUGCAAAGCGCUUCGCAGACCUUGAGGAGAAGGUCCUUGCACUCCUUGCAAAGCCAUCGGAAAUGCCCGCAGAUAAGGAGGAAAUGCUGAAGGCUGCAACCAGCCGGGUCAGUGCAUUGGAAGAGGAACUUGCACUGACCAAGAAGGCUUUGCAGGAGACUCUUGAGCGGCAAGGGGAGAUCCUUGCAUACAUUGAGAAGAAGAAGCAGAAGAAAAGCAAGCGCUUGUUUCGUUGGUAGAUGAGAAGAACGGAAUGCCACGUGUCCGCGAGAGGCUUUGGUUUGAUGGAGUGAGCUGGUGUUUUCAUCUGAAAGCAAAACACGAUUCUAAGUGUAACAUGAUGUGUUUUUGUUAUUUUCCCUGUGUUGAUAUAACUCAUUGGUCUGAGCUUCUCAGCCUUGACGUACAUUUUGCCUUGACCCUGUGCUGCCAAUCCUUUUCGUAUUCCUACUGCCAAUUGUGGAUGGACUCA